AUGAGGACAUGUGACAGUCGGGUGAAAAAUAAAUGGGUUCACGUGUACGUUUUUCAUAUCUUUGGUGCUAAGACACGCUUUGCACCAAGAAAGUAUGAACGCUCUUCGUUCCGGAGCGAAUUGCGCGAAAAUUCUCAACAGAAAAAAGGAAAAGAGGAACAUGAAAUUGUUUCCCUUCAGUCAACAGAGCGUGAAUACUUUCUUUCCGAAAAGGGCGAACAUGAAACUGUUCGCGAAAAUCCUCAACAGACAACAGAGCGUGAAUACUUUCUGUCCCAAGGCGAGUUACACGAAAACCGUCAACAGAAAGAAGGAAGAGACGAACAUGAAACUGUUCCCCUUCAGCCAAGAGAGCAUGAACACCCUCUGCUACAAGGCAAGUUGCACGAAAAGCCCCAACAGAAAGAGGGACGAGGCGAACACGAAACUGUUCCCCUUCAGCCUAGUGAGCGUAAACACCUUCUGUCCCAAGGCAAGUUGUACGAAAAGCCUCAACAGAAAGAAGGAAGAGAAGAAAAUGAAACUGUUUCCCUUCAGCCAAGGGAGCGUGAACAUCCUCUAUCCUUAGGCGAGUAG